AUGACAUCCCGACUUCCCGGUGGCGGCGCGCCUCGUCUCUCCACUGCACCCAGUAGUAGUACCAAGCCUCGACAACUGUCCCAUCUACACGCACAACUCGCCCAACUCUCCGCCAACCUUGGAGAUCUUGAGAAUCUUCUACGAAAUACUAGCAUACAAGCUGAAUCUAUUCGAGGUCUGGGUGCUUUUCAUGGAGGACUAUUCAUGGCAGCAAGCAAAGUUUUAGGGGAAGAGACGAUCGCGGGAAGUGCGCAACAACAUGGGCAGGGACAGGCACAAGGACAAGGACAUGGAAACCGGACUGUAGAGCGCAAAGAGGAAUCUGAUUCCGAUUCUUGA